CGCCGUUCGCUUCGUUUGCUUGCUCUCAUCUGGCUGAGUUCCGGCGAGUGUUGAAGUGUGUUGAAAUCACAAGUAGAAGGAGUUUGUGUAUCCUUUUUGAACGGCACUUCCCAGCUGAUGUGCGCCCACUGGUAGACUGGGCCGGUGGAGAAGUGGGUGUGCGUGAACAAAACUAAAAUAAUCACUGUGCGAAAGGAAAAGUUUUGGAUUUUUUUUUUGGUUUCGGGAGGUGCGGUGUGGUGGGAGAUCCAGCUCGGCCGGCCGGUUUAAGUUUCCCAUAGUGCAUCGAGAAAACUGUGUAAAAAAGUAGCGGAAAUCAGUUGCCGACAGCAACUCCAGUGUAGGACGCAGCAGUUGAGUCGGUGGAACGAGUAUAGAAGCUGUUCUGGUAGUUUAAUUGAAAGUUGGACCAUUUGAUGGGAGAUUACAGUGUGUCUGUUGGUGCUGUUGUUGGCGGGCAUUUUCUGUGAAAUAGUGAUUCUACCAGGGAGUGAAGAAGAAAAAAAAUGAAUUCAACUCCCCUGGCACCCAGUUGGGACAGUAAUUGAAACCGGGCUCUCAUCAGAAGCGAGUGUAAAUCGGUUCCCAGAGUAAGGAGAAAGUGAAACACGACGAUCGGCUUUUCCGAGAGUGAAGGAAAAAAAGUGAAACGAUUGCUGAAGCCCGGGCACAAAGGAAGAAGCACCAUGAGCAAAACGAUGGAAUUAAGGAUUGUUCCGGUGAUUCAAUUUGUCACGAUCGUUGCCGCAUUCAAGCUGAGCGCCGUUAGCUGUGUGCCCAUGAGGUACGAAAUCGGCAACCGAAACAGUGUCGAUCUGGACGCGGAGCAAACUGAAGCCCGGUACGACCAGGGUAUGCUGUCGGACAUCAUGAACGACGAGCGGCCCAACGAGCUGCAGAAGGCCGAAAGCUGCGUGGCGGACAAUUUCAAAUAUGACCACGGCCAGAAGAUUCAGCGAUAUGAUCCAUGCGAAAUUUGCCUCUGCAUCGACGGCGAAAUUUUCUGCUGGUGGAAGCAAUGUGAUAAUCCGCCAAAAGCCACCCUGGACGAUAGACCACUGGGUGCCAUUGGAGACGUCCAACUGGCCACUCCGUCGUCACAACUGACAACACACGCUUCAUCAUCUUCGCCGGCGACACCCGUCGAUCCAUCGAAGCCAACGACCACCAGAGCCGGCGAUAUGACGACCAAUGUUGCAACCGCUUCCCCGCAACCAACUUCCGCUGCAGAGCCGUCAUAUCCGGAUCAACCGGACCCGGACUCCAACCAGCAGUCCAUCCGAAUAGUGUUGCAUCCACCCCAGUCGCCUCCGGAGAACAUCCCGCAGAACAUUCUCUCGUUUCCACAGUCACCGCCCAUUAUGAUGAUGUAUCGACCGGGCCUUGGAACGGUCAGCGGAAAAAAUACUUCCACCUCAGCGGGUUCCACAACCGGCUCCGCCGACCGGAACAAACACGGAGGACCGCUGAAAAAAGUCAAACCACUUCAUCUCGGCACUAAUGGUGCUGCUGCUGCCAGUGGUGGUAAAAAGUCCUACCGGAAGUCAAAGAGCAAAGGGUACGUAAUAAACUACGGCCGGAUUGAGGGUGGAUUGGAGGAUGGGGGCAGCCGAACGCGGGUACUUGCCGUCACAGAAAGGAUGCCGCCCUCGGAUGGAAUGCGAAUUUUGAAUGAUGGGGAUCGUAGCUUCCUGAAGGGAGGGUUUGGAGUGGGACACGAUGAAGAGAAUGGGAGCGAUGAAGAUGACAAUGAAAACGACGACGAAGAUGACGAUGAUGAUGGGAGCGAUGAGGAAGACGACGAGAGUAAUGAAGCCGUUGGACAGCCAAGCAAUGCGAAAGCUGUUGCAAAUAGUGACGAGGGCUUCGGUGGCUACGGAUACGGAAUGAUCAAGGAGCCGGAAGACGAUAAACAGCAACACUACAUCAUUACCUCAUCGGGGCACGUGGAAAUGUUCGACGACAACAGCAUGGAGGCCACGGAGAAUGCCUUCGGUAUGAAUCGAUUGCCUCCUCCGGUACAGCAAUUUCCUACCGGUUCCAGUACUACCACCAUACAACCGAUGGCUCUGGUCCUGGAUGAGAGUCCGAAUCAGACUGCCACCAGUUCAUCGAUUCGACGGGAAGAUAAUGGCAUCGUCUCGUCGGAUAGCAGCAAUGGCCUAGGCCUAGGUGAACCGAUUGCACCGUUGAUAGUAAUGACCACCAACGUGACGCAACACUCCAAUUAUUCAGUGCGAUUUUCGCCGGAUGCCGGAAGCAGUCCACCAUUGACACCGUAUGCGCCAUUGUCGCCAUCGGCCAAACAUUCCGCCGGGUCAGUUAUCGAUGUGCUCAACACGACGGUGGAUGGCACCGACUAUCUGGAUGAUAAUCAGACGGAAUUGAUCUACCCGGCGAUUCCCGGGUUGAGUAGCAGUAUCAGUAGUAGCAGCAGCUACAUCAGUAGGAGGGCGGGAAGUGAGCGAGAUGCUGAGUGGGGUAGUGGAGGUCCACUGGUGAAGACGACAUCGACGACCACGACCGCGAGCAGUGUGACAACGGAAGCGAGGAAAACGCCGGAGCAGCACUGCGUUGUGAUGGGUGUGCCAUAUAAGGUCGGAGCGGUGCUGAAACAGGAAACCGGAAACUGUUUGCACUGCGUAUGUGUGCAGGGACCGGAGAGCGAUCCGGUACCGAGGGUGACCUGCACGCCACUGAACUGCCCACCGUUGAUCCUGCCGGACGUGCUGGACGGGGCUGGAUUUUAAUAGGAACGCAGCAGCAGCAGUCGUCAAGUGAGAAACGUUUCCACCGGCGCAUCAAUCCCAGGCAGCUCAAACGCAACGUAUCAGCAUUCAGACAAUAUCCUUCCUCAAGGAUUUCCACACAG